AUUGCUUGCAUUGUUUGUAAACCGUUCCUUUAUCCUAAACUGCCCAUUGUAAAUUAAAAUCCCACGAAAAGAAAAAUUAUACGUGAUCACGUGACUUCAGCCAUUAUGCUAAGUUUAGGAAUGUGUAAGGCAAUGGGUUAACACAAUCUUAUUUUAGAGAAAACGGAGGUGCAAAAGAUGCCUGGACAGGUGGAACGGUGGCUCGAAACGUUUAUGUGUAAACAAUAUGCAGAGACUUUCGAGGCAUAUGGGUUUAAAACUCUUCAAUCACUUUGUCAGAUUCAACUUCAACAAUUGCAAAUAAUGGGAGUUGCACAAGAACACUGUGAGCAGAUUUUGGACAAUGUGGAUAUUCUCAGACAGUCAAUAUUGGGUGGUACCAGUGGCAUAAACCAUUAUCAGGAUAGCAUGUACAAUGCAUAUGGCAACAGACCCUCUAACAUUGGUCCAAUGCAUCACAAUAGUCCAGCAGUGCCAGUGCCCAUGAAUAGUAUUCAGAGAAAUAUGACAGGAUAUAAUUCCCAAAGUUAUUUGAAUAAUCAAGCUUCAAUGAUACAACAACAGCACCAGCAAACACAGUACCUUGGGCACAAUUCAAUGUACUCUAUGAGUCAGCAUGGUGCAUACCUGGGAUACGGAGGUUCUGCUGAGCCCAGACAAUAUCAAUAUUCUGCCGUAGACAGGAGGGGAGGCAACAGUUAUACUUCUGACAUAGGACCCCAAAGAAAUCCGAAUGGCUACCAUACUAGACCACAGUCUCAGAAUGUAUCUAAUCAACAAGUGCCACAGACAUUGAUGCAUCCACAUAUGCGCCACAACUCCGUAAACCAAAAUCCACAGGAAGUUGCCAACAAUAUUUUACAAAUGGCAGCAUCUACAUACAUGCCAAAUCAAACGGUUACUGUUCCUUUGUCCAAAAAUCGUUCAGCACCAUAUCACAUACCACCCAAAUCUCCCCAUAACAGCUAUUCUAUGCAGGGUAACUGUCCAAGCUCAACAUCGCAGCAGCAACACAUGGGACAAGCUCAUCAAUUUGCUUACCCAAAUUCUUCUCCACAUCAAGCCUCACAAAGACCAUGUGCAUCUCCAAUGAGUCCAAAUCCUGCAUAUCUACACAGUCCAACUACUUCUCAUCACAGUGGACAAAGCAUGCCCAAUUCCAGUCCACAGUCAAUCCAUAGCCCAACUUAUGGAAUGAGUGGACCAUGUGUCAAGUCCCCCCGUUCUGUUGCACCUUCUCCAGGUGGAGAAGUAUGUUCACCUUGCCAGAUGGCUUCUCCCAUCAGCUGUCAAGUUAAUGCUCCCAAUGCAUCUCCACACCACCAACAGCUGUGUGUGAAUGUACCAAGUGGAAAUCACUCAGUGUACCAAGGCCUGAUAACAUCACCAAACCAACAAAACUCCUUGAAUCAGUACUCACCAAAGACCAACCCAGUCACCCCACCUGCUAGUCAUAAUGUGUCGCCAUACAGUAACUCAUCCAGAUCUUCAUUGCAUAGUCCACAGCACAAGUCCUCUAUGCCCCUGUCCAAUAUUUCUGGUCAGUUCUUUAGUGACAGUGCUUCAGACAUUCCAGAACCUAAUCUUUCUCCUCAAGAAAAGUCCAACUCCAAUCCUCUUCAGUCUCUACAAAAGUUGUGUAUGUUACCUGACCAUCAGGUGAUUGAUCCUAAAAGUGUCAUCAAUGAUGCUUGCCUUGAAUUAACACAGUCAAAUGAACACCCAAAAAACUUGAAUAGUGAUGUCGACAACCAGUUUCAAAACCAGGACCAGGUUUCGGCAUCGAAAACAAACAGUCCUGAACGCUGUGAUAAUAUUAGUGAUGUAAAAACUAAAAUGGCAAAGACCUCAAAUAUUAUAUGUAGUGAUACUUUAGCCAUUUCAAAUGACCUAUCCCAUGAAUCAUGUUCAUUAGAUUCCUCAAAUAGAGAUCUUGGCCAUGUUGAAUCUCCAGACUUUUCAAAGAUUGAGUUUUCUAAUAACAGUGUAGAAUCUGACAAAAGUAAAAAUGUAUCAAAUAUAAAAUUUAUUCAAUCUGGAGAGAAAAGUUCGCUUGUGAAGGAAAAAACUGAACAAAUGUUGGAAACCAAACAUCACAGUGAUCUUCAGACAUGUAAUAUAUCUCAGCAGCAUGAGGUUGAACAGCUAUCUGAUGAAGCUCAGAAUGGUAAAGAAAUACAGGAACAUUUUGAAAAUCAGGGACAAAAUGAAACACAAGGUGACAAAGAAGUACAGCAAGGUGAUAUGACAAAGGAAAUACUGGUAAAAGAUAAAGAAAACUUGCUUUCAAGUGAUGCAGAAGAUGUGACUCUGGAUGUGAAAGAAAUAUCUGAAAGUGGGGUUCAUGCAUAUCCAAACUGUGGUCUUCUUCAGUGCAAAACCAUGAUAAAUCCAGAGACUGAUGGUUGUGAGCAGGUAAUCUGCAAAUCAGUAGGUUGUAAGGAAAAUGAUGACAUACUCUCUGAAAUAAUUGAUUAUGAAAAUGUUGCCAAAGAAAACAAUAAUGAGAUAAUUCCUCAGUUAAAUGGGGAUGAAAAUUCAUGUAUACAGUAUUACAGACCAAAGUGUAUUAAAAAGACAAAGCGAAAGAAAAAGUUAAAUAUAAAUUCAAGCUUUCAUUUUAAUUCAAAAAUGUUUGCUAAAGUCAGGGAAAAUCCAUUAUUGGUAAAGACAUAUUCUAGGAGAGACCAACUUGCAGCCAAAUAUCGAUGGAGGAGGUCACAAAUGCCCAGGUCAAUGUCACUAAGGGGUGUCCCAGCUAGAUUGGCAAGUGCUGCACAGUACAGUUCUGCUAACUAUACUGAUUCAGACAGUGAUGAUGGUGGUGUACUUUUAGUCAGAGAGGAUAUAGAUUUUACUCAGGAUCAGGGAUCCCCCCUUCCACUGGACAAUGUGUCAGAUGAAGUGUCCCCAGAAGGAGAUGUCAGCUCUGCCAAUGAUACAGAAAGGGAUGACAUCAUUAGUCUAGAGGAGAAUCAGUCCUCUCCACCUUCUUCUGUAGUAGAAGGUGAGGGAUCCGUACAAUCUGUGGAGAAUAUCAAUAUUCAUGAAUUAGCCUUAGACACAACAAAGAAUUCACAAACAUUAGCUGUUGAUGGUGCAAAAAAUCAGGCAAAAGUUAAAAGUAAAUCAAGUCCAUGUGCAAAAAAAGAUGACAAAAGCAAUCUAGUCGAAGGCUUAAGUAGAAAUUCCACUAACACCCAAAAUGGCCAUAUUCAGUCUGAGCAGAAAAAUGGGAAGUUUGAAAGUACCUCUAAAUCAGGCAGAAUUAGGAAAUCUAAGAACCAUUCAUCUGCCCAAAAUGUUAAGAAAGACUCUGAUGAUGAUGAGAAAAUGGUUACCAAAAAUAAACAAUCGGCCAAUAAAACUCCAAGUAGAACUCCUGCCAAGAGAUCUAGUAGAAAGAGAAGGACUGCCUCAUCAUUAAAGUAUGGUGAUUUGUAUUACAGUGCUGAUUAUGUCCUUGAUUCUGAAGAAGAAGUAGAACAGAAAAGUAAGAUAGAAAGAAGGGAAAAUAAUUCCCGUAGCACUAAAGAUUGUGGGAAAAAUGAGGAAGCUAAUGUAAUCAUAUUAAAUGAUGAUGAUAAUGAUGAUGAUAGUGAUGAUAAUAAGUCAAAAAUAGACAAGGAUGUAACUGUGUUAUCAGCUGUUGAGGGCAGCAAGAGGACAAAAUCAAAAACCAAUGCAAAAGUCACUUUAGAAGAUGUGUCAGUGGAGGAUUUUUCUGGUACUAUGACAAAAAAUAACUGUUCAGAACUCAAGCAGCAAAAGAAUUCCUAUAUUGCAAAAUUGGUUAAUGAAGAUGGUGAAGUAAUUUCUAUCAGUGAUGAUGAAUUGGGAAAAGAGGUGAAAGAAAAACAGAAAAAAUCAUUAUUAAAAGACAAGAAGAAGUUAAAAUCACAGAAUGUGAAAAGUGGGAAUAAAAGUGGGAAAGGAAGACUUAAAAAGCUGCAAAAAUCUCAUGCAAAGUUUGAGCUGCUUGAUGAUGAAACUGAAGAAAUAAACUUAAGAAAGGCCAUCAGCAUCAUGAAUAAGAAACACAAGAAACCUGAGAGAGUCAAACUUGAUGAGAACAAAAGUCGAAUUACUGGACCCUUUUUACGUGUCAAGACCACAGAACCAUGCUGUUGUCGUGUAGUGAAUCAGUAUGAGGAAGGGUCUGAGAUGUCAGACCAAAAGAUUACAAAGAAAGUGUCCACACCGAUUACUGUGUCUACUGUUCAUAUGUCUAAACUCUCGGCAGAGAAAUCAAUCCAUGUGCCUAGCAAUUCCCUCACAGAGACAAAUUGGGUGUGUCAAUUGUGUCAUAAACACAGUAGUUUUAAAUUCCUUGGGGAUCUAUUUGGACCAUACUUUUGUGAAGGAAAUAUUCCUUCAUCUAGCCCGCAAGAUACACCAAAUUCAGAUUUGAAAAAACACAAACAGAAAAUUGUGACUAAUUUAGAUGUAGGUGAUUUGCAGCAGAAAACUAAAAAGCGCACAAACUUAGCUGAUUUGUCCAGAUCAGAGGAAGUAUGGGUGCAUGAAGACUGUAUUGCCUGGGCUGAUGGGGUUCUACUUAUAGGGCAGAAAAUCUAUGGCCUUGAAGAGGCUACAGCUAUAGCCUCAACCACAAUGUGUUCAGCUUGCAAAGAAAAUGGUGCUAUGGUUGGAUGUCUACACAAAGGAUGUUCCCAAAAGUUUCAUUACAUUUGUGCUGUAGAGUCAGGGUGCUUUAUGGAUGAAGAAAAUUUUUCAUUGUUGUGCAUUAAACAUAAGGACAAGAAAAUUAAGCAGAUUGAAACGUCAUCAAAGUCCUAGCAAAAAAAGGAAGUUUUUACCAAAAAAAUAAUUCAGAUGCUGAGACCAGCAGGUACUGGUUGUGUAAAACUUAACUGUAUUCCCCUAUGUUAUUAAGAAGGGAGGAAGAUGAACAUUGUUGUUUUUUAUCAAAGCAGAUACCAUGUGAUACUGAUCAGAAAAAUCAAUAAAGAUUGUACUAGUA